AAUGUCUGUGUAAUGUAGAUAAAUGUGAGGGAUUUUCUCUCUAAAUCCGUCUCCUGUUCGCUAAAUCUCACUUCUCCAAAACGAGCCUGCGCAAUGGAACAAAGUCGGAAUAUUGAGAUGUGACAUUGCCCGCAUCUCAUCCUCUUUCUCCCUGUUUUUAAUGACUUUAAACAAGUUCAUUUUCGUCGGGCUUUGUCUUGUGGAGACCCGUGGGGAUGUCUAGCGCUUUUUCCUUUCAGUGGCAUUUAUGUGAUGUCUUCAAGAGUGCGAUGUGCUGUAUCUCCUGUAGCCACACCCUCUCACUACUGCUGUGCGUCCUCACCCUGACUCCGACGGCAACAGGGGCGGGCCCUGAGACCCUGUGCGGGGCGGAGCUGGUCGACACGCUGCAGUUUGUCUGUGGAGAGCGAGGCUUUUAUUUCAAUAAACCAACAGGCUAUGGCCCCAGUGCAAGGCGGUCACGUGGCAUUGUGGAUGAGUGCUGCUUCCAAAGCUGUGAGCUGCAGCGCCUUGAGAUGUACUGUGCACCUGUCAAGACUCCCAAGAUUUCUCGCUCUGUGCGUUCACAGCGGCACACAGACAUGCCAAGAGCACCCAAGGUUAGUAGCAGAGCGAACAAGGGGACAGAGCGUAGGACAGCGCCUCAGCCAGACAAGACAAAAAACAAGAAGAGACCUUCACCUGGACAUAGUUCAUCCUUCAAGGAAGUCCACCAGAAAAACUCAAGUCGAGGAAGUUCGGGGGGCAGGAAUUACAGAAUGUAGGGAAGGAGAAAAUGGACAAAUGCCCAGCAACUUGGGAGGAGAGAAGGGAGUGGCCUUACCUGGUACCCCUGUGGAAUGGUUCACUGUAAAACAAAAGAAAGAAGAUGCUAAUAAUGACCUGAAAAGCUCUUCAAAAUGAUUGAAAACAGAGAGCUAGGUGGUGUGUAAGGGUCUGAUGUGGAAAGUUGUGAUUAUUUUAUACACUGCACCAUUCCAUACUGGGAGGAAUUCUUUGUUAAUGCAAUGUAACAGACUAGUUUAGCUGCUAAGACACGAACAAGAGCUUAUUAUACCUCCAUGUGGGAGCUGCAGCCUCCCCAGGCUCCAGGAAAGAUGGGAACAUAUCUGGGCCUCAGCCAAUCAGAGAGCAGCAUGGCUGUGGCUCGGUCACAUUUAACAGUUAGUACCCCAGUUCAAAGCUGAUAUAUUACCUUCAGAGUUUGUUUUUAUGCACCAUCCAUUACUGUGGAUAUUUUUAUUAUGUAAAAAUAAAUAAAUAAAAAAGGUUUGCUUUAAGGACAAAGACCAGGUGGUUCAUCAGAGUUUGAACAUUGUUGUAGGUAUUUUAACUUGAGUCUAAGUCUAAACCUUACUAAGAGGAGUCGCUGGAAGGUUUGAGAUCAGUCCAAAUCCCUCUUAAGCCCCAGGAAGUGUUCAAAACCUGAGGACUGAGUCUACAAUCCAAACAUUAUAAAAAGAGCUCAAGCACUAUUAGAGGGGAUUUUAAAGAAAGUAGGUAGUACAGAAGGUACUACAAAAACAAGACUGGGAUUUUUCACAUUUUCCAAAACAGAAAAACAAAUUAACCAGAAGCUAAAACUGAGUUCUCGUUUGGCCCUCAGAAGCGUGUCAUUCGGUGAAGUCAAAGUGCAUUUGGCAAACUGAAGCGGAAAAAGUCAAAUAAUGACAAUCAGGCAAAAUGUUUGUCGUCUGCAUCCUUUCACAUGUCAACACCCCAGCCAAAUUUGAUUUUUGACAACAGUUCAGUCAACAUUUCAGUUUGAGUGGAAACUUGUGUUUAACCUUGAACACAGGUUUCCACUCACAACCCGUGUUCAAGGGUAAACACGAUGUUAUGAAAGUUUAGUCAAAGCAAGUGCUCUAAAAAAAAAAAAGCAGAACCUUCACACGUAUGAGUUUAAGUGAUUCAUCUUGACCUGGAUAUUUUAUUAGCUUAGGAAGGCUGAGAAUUUUGCAACUUUAUCUGAUGGCAAGAGUAGAAUAAACCUCCACUGCAUUCAUUGCAGAGUGCACCCAAGAAACACGCAUAUUUGGUGAACGUUGGCAAAACCACAAGGACAAAUCUUUCUGGUGAUGUGAUGUUCGCAUAUCAGAACACAAAUACACAUACAAAAGCACUCACAAGGUAAAUUAGAGUUGUGCAACUACAAGCAAAGGUCAUGCAGACAUACACCAACUUUGAUGAAAAGCCAGUUCUGAGAAGUCCUUGCAUGAGGACUAACAAAAACGGCUGUUUGUUUAAGCCUCCAAAAAAAAAAAAAAAAAAAAAAAAAAAAAAAAAAA